GAUUCAGGCCUGCAGCCCAUCCUCUUUGGAUUGUUCCUGUCCAUGUACCUGGUCACAGUGCUUGGGAACCUGCUCAUCAUCCUAGCUGUCAGCUCUGACUCCCACCUCCACACCCCCAUGUACCUCUUCCUCUCCAACCUGUCCUUGAUUGACAUCUGCUUCACAUUCACCACAGUCCCCAAGAUGCUUGUGAACAUCCAGAUUCACAGCAGGGUCAUCUCCUAUGUGGGCUGCCUGACUCAGAUGUCUCUUUUUGUCUUUUUUGCAUGUAUGGAGAGUCUGCUUCUGACUGCGAUGGCCUAUGACCGGUUCGUGGCCAUCUGUCAUCCCCUGCACUAUCAGAUCAUCAUGAACCCUCACUUUUGUGGCUUCUUAGUGUUUCUGUCUCUUUGGUUUAGCCUUUUGGACUCCCAGUUACACAAUUUGAUUGCAUUACAUUUUGGCUACUUCAAGGAUGUAGAAAUUUCUAAUUUCUUUUGUGACCCUUCUCAAAUUUUUAAUCUUGCCUGUCCUGAAACCUUCACCAAAAAUAUGGUCAGGUAUUUUCUUGGUGGUUUUUAUGGCUUUGUUCCCAUUUCGGGGAUAUUUUUCUCUUACUUUAAAAUUGUUUCCUCCAUUCUGAGAAUUCCAUCAGCAGGUGGGAAGUUCAAAGUCUUCUUCACCUGUGGGUCUCACCUGGCAGUUGUUUGUUUAUUUUACGGCAGUGCCAUUGGAGUGUACCUUUUUUCAAAUAUGUCUUCUUCCAACAGAAAGGGUGCAGUUGCCUCUGUCAUGUACACUGUUGUCACCCCUAUGCUGAAUCCCUUAAUUUACAGCUUGAGGAACAGGGACAUUAAAAAUACCCUGAGGAGGAUCCAUAGCAGAAGAGUAAAAUCUGAAUCUGUGGUGUCCAUUUGCACCUCCACUGUGGUCCCUAAGAUGAUUGUGGACAUCCAAACUCACAGUGGAGUCAUCUCCUAUGGAGAAAGCCUGCCUCAGAUGUCUCUUUUUCUCAUUUUUGGAAGUAUGGAUGGUAUGCUUCUGACUGUGAUGGCCUAUGACCAGUAUGUGGCCAUCUGUCAUCCCUGCAUUAUCCUGUCAUCAUGA